UAAAACAACUUUAUCUUUGACAAAAGUUAACCAGUUUUUUUCCACUUCCAUGGCGAAGAAAAGCUCGAAGAACCCCAUUGACGAUCCUCCCACUGCUUCAUCUUCUUCCUCUGGUUCUUCUUCAGAGGAGACUUCAACCCAAACCCCACAAACCCAGAAAAACUCUGCUCUCAAUGUCAAACCAAUUGCCACAAAACCCAUGGAUGGAGCUUCAAAGGCCAAAAAACCCAGAUCCAAGCCCUCAUCUUCUCCCGUCAAGGUUGCCUCUUCAACGAAACGUCCUAGCGUGUCCGAGCAAGAACAACCUAAGGAAUCAAAACGUUCCAGGAAGAAAUCCGGCGAGGAAGGGUCCGAUUCUGCCGAUGUUGUUGAGGAGGAGGUGAAGAAGGCCGGAGAAGACGAAAAGAAGCAGCUUUUCCAGAGACUUUUUAGUGAUGACGACGAAAUUGCUGUUUUGAAAGGUUUGUUGGAUAUCUUGGCCAUAAAAGAGGUUGACCCAUUUGCUGAUACGCAUGCCUUUCAUGAUUUUGUUAAGGAUUCGAUUCACGCUGAUGUUUCGAGAGCUCAGUUGAUGUAUAAGGUUAGGAGGUUGAGGAAAAAGUUUGAGAACAAUGCUAGGAGGAGCAAAGACGGAGAGGAUCGGACGUUUUCUAAACCCCAUGAACAACAAGUAUUUGAAUUGUCCAAAAAGAUUUGGGGUAAAGAAGGAAUCGUAAAAAAUAUCGAUUCUUCUGCUGCAAAAGCAAAGGGAAACGGCAAGGAAUCGGAUACAUUGAAAGCAGAGCCGGUCGCUUCAGCUGAUGAGAAAGUGGAUAAUGGGGAACUGAUGGAGGUUGAUAUCAAGUCGUCCAAGAGUUCGGCUAGCUUGUUCGAUAAGAAAUCUGGCGUGUGCAGUUUGGAAAAUGCAAUUUUGAAGCAUGGAUUGCAUAUGGCUGGGGAAGAAAAGCGAACUGCUUUAGAGGAGAAAUGGAGGAAAUUGCAGGUUGCUGAGUUGGAGCUGUUUUUGGAGAGGAAUGAGUUGGUAAGGGAACAAGCCAAAUUGAUGUUGGAAUUUCACACGUCUCAAGAUGCUUAGUUGUUGUUGUCUUUAAGUUUGCUAUAAUAUUGCAGUAAUCUGUAUUGAUUGUUGCUUCUACCUGAGUAGCAUAUUGUCAGAUGUUAAUCGUUAGUUUUAUAUCUAAUGCUUGUAUUUGCUUUAUCUGGAUCUUUAGUUUCAGUUUCCCAUU